ACCAACAUCCACCAACUCAUCUAGAAAAAGCACAUAUUCAGGCGGAGGAAAAUUUUCUCCUAAUCCAUACAUUGUCGCUGAAUGCCAAGGAAGAUUUUGUUUCCCUCCAAUCCAGUUCUACAAUAUCGGUAUCAUUUCGCACUCACCUCAGUUGCCUUUCUUAUCCACCUUCGACCCUACUAGACCCAAAUCUCAAACCACGCUUACAAAAUAUCUCCAAGACUCCAACGCUGAAAAUCUCCAUUUCUCCCCCAAUUCUCCCUCUAUCUUCCACCAAAUGUUACCAUCCAUGGAAGUCGGUUCAUUACGCGACCAAUGCAUUGCGCCUUUGGCAGUUUUCUCUAGGGUUUCAACCUCAGUCCGCAACUCCAAGAUCCCUAAACGCACCGUUUUGUUUCGAUCGAUUCGGCAAAGGAAUUUGUGCUCCGCGUCUAGCUCUGAGACUCUGGUAUCUAAUACGCGAAAGGAUGAUGAAAAGCACAGAGCUAUUGUUAGCAGUGGAGUUGUGAGCAAGAAGGAAGAGGAGCAGUUUGGGGAUUUAAAAUCUUGGAUGCACAAGAAUGGAUUGCCCCCUUGCAAAGUGGUUCUUAAAGAGAGACCUUCGCUCGAUGCCAAACUUAGGCCUAUUCAUUACGUUGCCGCCAGUGAGGAUCUUCAGGCCGGCGAUGUGGCAUUUUCAGUUCCGAAUUCGCUUGUUGUGACGCUUGAGAGAGUAUUAGGAAACGAGACUAUCGCGGAACUGUUAACUACAAACAAAUUGUCUGAAUUGGCAUGCUUGGCAUUGUAUCUUAUGUAUGAGAAGAAGCAAGGAAAGCAGUCCUUCUGGUAUCCAUAUAUAAGAGAGCUUGACCGUCAGCGAGGUAGGGGCCAGCUAGCUGUGGAAUCUCCACUUCUGUGGUCAGAAUCUGAAUUAGCAUACCUAACUGGUAGCCCUACUAAGGCUGAAAUCCUUGAAAGGGCAGAUGGAAUUAGAAGAGAAUAUGAUGAGCUUGAUACUGUCUGGUUCAUGGCUGGUUCUCUGUUUCAGCAAUAUCCAUAUGAUAUACCCACUGAAGCCUUUCCCUUUGAGAUUUUCAAACAAGCCUUCGUUGCAAUUCAGUCCUGUGUUGUGCACUUGCAGAAAGUCAGUUUGGCUCGAAGAUUUGCUCUGGUUCCUCUUGGGCCCCCUUUGCUAGCUUAUAAGAGCAACUGCAAGGCAAUGUUAAUUGCUGUUGAUGGUGCUGUUGAACUAGUGGUUGAUUGCCCAUACAAGGCUGGGGAACCUAUUGCUGUCUGGUGUGGGCCGCAACCUAACUCAAAAUUGCUUAUAAAUUAUGGUUUUGUUGAUGAAGAUAAUCCUUAUGACCGAAUUGUGGUAGAGGCAGCGCUCAACACUGAGGAUCCUCAAUAUCAAGACAAGAGAAUGGUUGCUCAAAGGAAUGGCAAAUUAUCUGUACAAGUUUUUCAAAUAUGUGUAGGAAAGGAGAAAGAAGCUAUCUCAGAUAUACUUCCUUAUUUGCGGUUGGGCUAUGUAUCAGAUCCUUCUGAGAUGCAAUCUGUUAUUUCUUCUUUAGGUCCAAUUUGUCCGGUGAGCCCUUGUAUGGAGCGAGCUGUGUUGGAUCAGCUGGUAGAUUAUUUCAAGAGACGCCUGGAUGGAUAUCCAACUAGCUUGAGUGAAGAUGAGUUCAUGUUGGCAGAUCAUAACUUGAACCCUAAGAAAAGAGUUGCUACUCAGCUGGUUAGAUUGGAGAAGAAAAUUCUACAUACAUGCCUGCAGUUAACAGUCAAUCUGAUAAACCAGCUACCUGAUCAUACUAUCUCUCCUUGCCCAGCUCCUUAUGCCCCUACCUUGAAAUAAAAAAAAAAAAAAGAAACAUUGAUUGCCUUGUGGAUAUAGCCAAAUUUGUGGAAAUUCUUUGCAAUGCUUGGGAAAAUGGGUUUCACUGUGAAAAUAUAGACCAGGUACAUUUGACUUCAUUACUGCUUAAUGCAUGGAUGAAGUAAGAGAUAGACAGGCCUUUUAAGAGUGAUAGUCUCUCUUUCAUGUUCCAUUCAAGUAAUUGGAAUUGAUUAACCCUUACCUUCUGAGUCCAUCAAUCUAUAUUCACACUUUUAUUCCAUCGCAUCUGGGGGUCAGUUAUAUGGGUCAUUCUGGAAAAGAAAGAAUUGAGAUACAGAAGGCAGACCAAUGGAGCUCAUUCUAUGGAUAGUUUGUUUGAUAUUCAUGAAAUGUUCACAAAAUUGUACAUAAAGAAUUGAUUUUGCCACGGAGACAGAUUUGUUUUUUUCGUAAUUUGUACUUGUUAGUCUUCAAUCUGCUCCUGUUUGAAUAUUUUGCAUGAUCUUUGUAAAGGCAUGCUAUAGUUUAUGUACAGUUUCCCUUGCAUUUUAGUUGUGACAACCAUACAAUGCAGAUAUUGGGAAAGUCUCCACUUAUAAAGUGAUAAUCAUGGGCUGAUCAA